CUUUCACACACAUGCUGGGGAAAGCAGAGCCUCAAAUCAAAAUACAAAUCUCACAGUCUUUCUGCAACCUACACUCACAACAAUGAUUUUGAACGUGUUUUAAUGCUUUGAUAUUUUCCUCAAUCCAAGGGGAAUGACUAAGGAGGCUAACUACAGAGUUUUUAUUUCAGGCUCUGGGUCUUCUGAUGUUCCUCAGCAGCUGUUGUGACUCUGUGAGCGCACGUGGAACAACUGUCUGCGUGUGGUGACUCUCCAGUACUUUCCAACUUAACUUUUUGCCUGGUAAGAUAACAGCUUUACUUCCAUUUAUCUGCAAAUUUCAAAACCCCCAGUGUGAUAGGUUGCAAUGACUCUCCAGUGGACGGCUGUGGCUUUCUUCUUAUAUGUGGAGCUGGUGGUCAGCCUCAUCCUAUGCAUACCCUUUAUAUCAGCUAAUAGAUGGCAUUCAGUUUUCCACUGGAGAAUAUGGAGCUGGUUAUCUCCAUACUGGAACAAAUUUUUCUUUGCAAUGAUCCUGGUCCUUGUUGUUCUUUUUAUUGAUGCUGUCCGAGAGGUGCAGAGGUACUCAGGUCCUGACCCACUGCAGGAAGCUCAGGCCAACCCAAACCUGUACGACCACGUCCACAUGAAGCUGUUCAGGGCCCAGAGGAACCUUUACAUAUGCGGCUUCUCGCUCUUUCUCUGGCUUGUCAUGCACCGAGUUUUCACUCUGCUAAACCAGAUUGCUGUGACUUUAGAAAACAGUGCAGGUCUUCAGGCGCAGAUGGAUCAGGCAUUUACAGCAGCAGAGAAGCACCAGGAGAACAAUCAGAUCCUCAAAAAAGCUCUCCUGGAAAGAGAACAAUCUAAUUCAACAACAGAAAACCAACUGAAGUUGGAGAUUGAAAAGCUUCAAAGUCAACUAAAGGUUGCUGAGGAAGCUGUGCGAAGGUCUAAUGCUGAAGUUGAAGCAAUGAGAAGGCAGGCCAAAGGUCUGGCGCAGGAGUACGACAGACUAUUAACCGAGCACCAACUGCUCCAGAAUCAGUGUGCUGAGGACAAAAAAGACCAGUAAUCUCUUCGAUGGGGUGUCCUGGGAUUAUUUCCAUCUCUUUUGCAGCUGCAGCAACAGCAGAUGGCAUAUAUCAUCCAUCUCUUCUGGUUGAAUUUCUUUUGGUGUUAGAGCUGAGUCUUUCUUUUUUAUAUAAAUAUAAAAGAUUAAUCCACUUGCAGACAAUUUGUUGAAUGAAAGCACAUUUUGCAUUUUAUUGUGAUGACAUAACGACCAUUGUAAUAACAAUUCAAUAAAUAAGCAAGAACAUUUUAGAACCUA